CGUUCUUAAACGAUCACUACGGAUAUGUGUUAUUGUUCAUACGCUUUAGAACUAUAUUUGAAGUUGAUACCAUUGUUUGCUGUAAACUUCAUCAAUUAAGAAUACAGCAAAAGCUCAAGAAACGGACGUUUGCUUAUAUAGUAAAUAAUUUAUAUAACACAAACACCAACCAUUGCCUGAAAUGUAAUUGAUUAUUUAUUAUAGUGAUGUUCCGUAUAAGUAUGGAUAUCUUUUCCAUUUACUCGUAUCUUGGUAUAUUAUAAUACUUGAUACAUGCAUAGUGCUAUUUCAUUUACUCGUAUUUGGUAUAUUACAGUACGUGAUACAUGCAUUGUGCUAUUUCAUUAACUCUUAUAGUGCCAUGUCAUCUAUUGUAUAUUGAUGUAUUAUUUAACGGGAUACCUGCAUAGUGCUAUUUCAUGAACUCGUAUUUUAUUGUAUAAUAGUACGAUACACCUGCAUUGUGCAUUAGUAUUCUAGUAAGUGAUCCCUACAUAGGGAUAUUAUUUGCUCGUAUCUUGGUGUUUACUAUAGCAUAGCGCUAUUUUAUUUACUAGUAUCUUUAUAUACGUCAGUAAGUGUUACCUUGAUAGUUUUAUUUUAUUUACUCGUAUCUUGUAGUAUUCUAGUACGUAAUACCUACAUAGUGAUUUCAUUUACUCGUAUCUUGGUGUAUAGUGCAUAUUUCUAUUUUAUUUACUAAUACUAUGUGUCUUGAUAUACUCCAGAACGUGAUACCUCGAUAGUUGUAUUUCAUUUACUCGUACUGAAUUCUAGUUCGUGAUACCCAUAUAGUGUUAUUUCAUUUACUCGUACCUCGCUGUAUUAUAGUUCGUGAUACCUGCGUAGUGCUAUUUCAUUUAAUCGUAUCUAGAUGUAUUCUAGUUCGUGAUGCCUGCAUAGCGCUAUUUCAUGAACUCGUAUCUUGGUACAUUUUACUACGUGAUACCUGCAUAGUCCUUUUUUCGUUUACUCGUGUCUUAAUGUAUUCCAGUUCGUGAUAUCUGCCGAUAUCGAUAUCUUUGUUUAUUGCAGAACGUUAUACAGGCAUAGUGCCAUUUCAUUUUAUCGUAUAUUGGUGUAUUCCAGUACGUGAUACGUUCAUGGUGCUAGAACCUGAUUCCAACAUAUGGCUAUUUCAUUUACAAGUGUUUUGAUGUAUUUCAGUACGAGAUUCGCGGCAUUGUGUGCGAUGCCUUCGUGGGCCGCGCAUACAACUUUACACAGAUUGGCUUCUUGUCAAAUGAUCAAACCAUGUAUCUCACAUUCUAAUUAAUGUCGGUAUUUACAACUAUGAAUCUCACAUUCUAGUUCAUGGCGGUAUGUUCAACCAUGGAUCUCACAUUCUAAUUCAUUGCGGUAUUUACAACUAUGUAUCUCGCAUUCUAUAUCAUGGCGGUAUGUACAACUAUGUAUCUCGCAUUCUAUAUCAUGGCGGUAUGUACAGCUAUGUAUCUCACAUAUAUCAUGGCGGUAUGUACAACUAUGAAUCUCACAUUCUAUAUCAUGGCGGUAUGUACAACUAUAGAUCUCACAUUCUAGUACAUGGCGGUAUGUAACAACUAAAGAUCUCACAUUCUAUUUCAUGGCGGUAUGUAAAACUAUAUAUCUCAUAUUGUAUAUCAUGGCGGUAUGUGCAACUAUGUAUCUUACAUAUAUCAUGCCGGUAUGCAAAACUAUAGAUCUCACAUUCCAUUUCAUGGCGGUAUGUACAACUACAGAUCUCACAUUCUAUACCAUGGCGGUGUUUAUACCUAUGUUUCUCACAUUCUUUUUCAUGGCGGUAUAUACAACUUUGUAUCUCACAUUCUUUUUCAUGCCGGUAUGUACACCUUGGUAUCUCACAUUCUUUUUCAUGGCGGUAUGUACAACUAUAGAUCUCGCAUUCUAUAUCAUGGCGGUAUGAACAACUAUGGAUCUCACAUUCUAUUUCAUGGCGGUGUGUACAACUAUGUAUCUCACAUAUAUCAUGGCAGUAUGUACAACUAUAGAUCUCACAUUCUAUUUCAUGGCGGUAUGUACAACUAUAUAUCUCACAUAUAUCAUGGCGUUAUGUACAGCUAUAGAUCUCACAUUCUAUUCCAUGGCGAUAUGUACAACUAUAUUUCUCACAAAUAUCAUGGCGGUAUGUACAACUAUAGAUAUCACAUUCUAUUUCAUGGCGGCAUGUACAACUAUAGAUCUCACAUUCUAUUUCAUGGCGGUAUGUACAACUAUAGAUCUCACAUUCUAUUUCAUAGCGGUGUGUACAACUAUGUAUCUCACAUUCUUUUUCAUGGCGGUAUGUACAACUUUGUAUCUCACAUAUAUCAUGGCGGUAUAUACAACUAUAGAUCUCACAUUCUAUUUCAUGGCGGUAUGUAUAACUAUAUAUCUCACAUAUAUCAUGGGUGUAUGUACAACUAUAGAUAUCACAUUCUAUUUCAUGGCAUAUGUACAACUAUAGAUCUCACAUUCUAUUUCAUGGCGGUAUGUACAACUACAGAUCUCACAUUCUAUAUCAUGGCGGUGUGUACAGCUAUGUAUCUCACAUUCUCUUUUAUGGCGGUAUGUACAGCUUUGUAUCUCACAUUCUUUUUUUGGCGGUAUGUACAACUAUGGAUUUCACAUUCUAUUUCAUGGCGGUAUGAACAACUAUGGAUUUCAAAUUCUAUUUCAUGGAGGUAUUUACAACUAUGAAUCUCACAAUAAAUUUCCAUGGCGGUAUGUACAACUAUGUAUCUGACAUUCUAUUUCAUGGCGGUAUUUACAACAAUGAAUCUCACAUUCUUUUUUAUGGCGGUAUGUACAACUAUUUAUCUCACAUGCUAAGGACGGUAUACAUAAUAUUUGAUCUCGUAUUCCACGGUAUGUACAACUAUAAAUCCCACAUUGUAUUUCAUUGCGGUAUGUACAACCAUGGAUCUGUCAUUUUAUUUCUUUGCGGUGGGUAAAAUCAUGGCUCUAAUAUUCAAUGUCACAGCGUAAUGGACAUGUAUAUUCAAUGUGGUUUCUACAUUUUGAAACGAAACUGUUGCUGUUAUUAUUUUAUUUCGAAUACUGCUGAAUCUGUAAUCAUAAAACAUAAUGCAAUAGCUGAGUUUUUAACACAAAUCAGGAGCUUUUCCUCGUAAUACCAUAAGAGAAUAAUUUCAUUAUACAUUUGGUUGUUUUUGUGAUCCGGGAAAAAUAACGGGAGAGCAUAUUGCCACCGCUUUGUUCGUCCGUCCUUCCGUCCGUUAACUUUAUCUUGUAUUCAUCUUUGAAACUUUGUAGGAAGGUUCAUUUACAAGCAGAGGUGAGUCUGAAUCAAAUAUGUUCCGCUUCUACUUUUUUAUCUCAGAGUUAUUGAACAUUUACUGUUGUGAUAUGUACAGUGGCACUAAGGUGACAUCACCGCUCCCCGAGUUAAUCUCUUUUUUUUUUGAGCGGAAAAACACAAGUUCUGUUUUUCCCGUCUUUUUUUGGAGCGGAAAACACAAGUUAUGUUUUCCCGUCUUUUUUUGAGCGGUGAUGUCACGUUAGUGCAACCGUAGAUAUGUGUAUGUAGUGCACACAAUCCACCAUAGAUGGAUAUUUACAGCAUAUUUCGUCCUCUAGUAAUCUUGGGCUUUUCUUAUUUUGAUAACUCUGCUUUUGUGACUGAAUGCGAAGUGCUUGGUAAGGCUUAUUAAGUAGCAUCAAUCAGGCACUGAUAUGUACCGGUGUUGGUGUGUUUUCGGGACGGCUGGAGUUAUGUAACGGAUGACAGUGUGGACAUGAUCACGUCACAGAUACCUAUCCGCCUUGUGCUAUAUUUUAACGACAUGGCUUUUACAGCCACGUACAACUUUCUUGAGUUCGAGCCCACGCCGCCCUCGCUGAGCGUGUUCGACGUCAGCGCCUGCUUUGCCGAGGCGAACAAGGUCACUUUCCAGGUCAAAUUUCCAGGCACAUAUAUCCCGGCUACGGAGGGGAGUCAGUGAUAAACAGGGCCCAGCUCGUGUUCGCCGAAAAGAUGGGCGUCUCGCUAUUGCGCGUUUCCGGCGUCCAGCUUUCUUACGAUGACGCCAAUUAAUAUGUCACCGCCACACUGCUCGAUAAAACCUGGUUGGCAGCGUGGGCACGUCUUUGAUGUACAUAAUGCGAGAAUAACCAUAUAUACGGUAAUGACUAUCAAUAUCAACUUAUCGAACUGAUGUGUGUGUAAUAUUAUUAACGGUAUUCACAGUGAAAUGAGCAGUCAAUAUUUAAUUUUAAACAUAACUAAUAUUACCCUUCCAAUGGACCGUACAC